CGCGAUGACCGUCAUCCUGGCAGAAGAGCCGGUGCCUGAGUGACAGUUCGCUGCAGAAGGCGUUGUGGAUGUCGACGAUGCAGACGGACAUUCAACGACUCGUUCGCAGGUGGACGGAGUAGUAACGGUCAACGCAGAACAGAACGUGCCGUUGGUUUUGCGUACCGUACUGUGGCUGAAGCAAGCGAGUUGAUCUGAGCACCUGAGGGUUGCCUGAGGCAGUCAAGCUUUCGAGGACGACAGGCAUCUUCAACCUUCCUGACAUCAAUUGCCAACUUCGCGUCGACCGCGUCAACUUCUGUCGCGUGCCAACAUCCAUCACCGACACAAGAACAACUACCCGUUGCAAGCGAUAUCGCACAGAUAUCAGAACGGCAUCAUGCCGCCCAAGAAGAAGGCGAACAAAUCAAGCACCGCAAGGGCCAGCACUCGCGCCAACACCGUGACUUCAAAACGCGGAAAGGAGUAUGCAACCACAGCUGCUGCGAGCCGACCAACGCGCGCUGUUGCUCCGCCAGAUCUGAGCUUUCCAGAUACUGCGCCAGAGCGCGCCAGCAAUAAGACUGUUGCGCCUCCCACUGUUGCUGGACGCAAGCGCGGCGCUCCUGCCACUAGAGCUUCAGCUGAGCCGCCCAAGAAACGCGGUCGUCCGGCAAAGGAGACUACGACUUCAGCUGAGCCGCCCAAGAAACGCGGUCGCCCGGCAAAAGAGACUACGGCUUCAGCGCCUGCCAAGCGCGGUCCUGGCCGUCCGCCGAAAGCUGUCUCUGCUAAGAAGACGACGUCUGCACCUGCAUUGGCUCCUACCCCCAAAUCUGCCGGUACAAGCAAGAAGCGCGGACGUCCAGCAAAGGCGGUGACCAGCGAGGAGCCUCCCAAGAAGCGAGGUCGACCGGCGCGAGUGAGUGAGCCAGCGGUACCGCCCGAGGAAGAGCAACCGACUCCUAGGAAGCGUGGUCAAGCGCCUUGCGGUGGAGAAACUACCAAGAUCGACACCGAUGAUGGAGCUGCGGCGGAUCAGCUGGAGGACGAACUAGAGGAGACUGUCCAAGCACCUCCAAGGCGCGGACGCGGCCGUCCACCAAAAGCCAAGGGGAAGCAGGUCGCGAAGGAAGAGAAUCAGUUUGACGCUAAGACGGCUCCGCCAUCCUCCGGCAGGCAGUACUGGCUCAUGAAAGCUGAACAAGACGGUCACGAUGAGGUUUUGGCGAGCGGCAAGGUCUUCAAUACCAAGUUCACCAUCGAUGACCUACGCUCGAAGACCUCACCCGAGCCAUGGGAUGGAGUCAGAAACCCAAGCGCUGCUAAGAACAUGCGGGAAAUGCAGCAGGGCGAUCUGGCUUUCUUCUACGCUAGUGGCGGCAAGGCACCCGGUAUCGUCGGCAUCAUGGAGAUCGUACGAGAGCACGAGCUCGAUGCAACUGCAUCUGAUCCGGACUCGUAUGGUUACGUAGCCGACGCGAAGAAGCGCGACAAGUGGUGCGUUGUGCACGUGGAGUUCCGCAAGAAACUCUCCAAGCCUGUCACUCGUGUCCAGCUGGUAGCAGCAAAGGACGAAGGUCCGCUCGCCAAGAUGCAAGAAUUCACUGCUGCGCGUCUGAGCGUGUCCAAGGUAUCUGAAGAUGAGUGGGAGUACAUCAACAGUUUGAUCGAAGGUUUCGAGGACGAAGACGAGGAUCUUGAACAGAACGGCAUCUCAAGCCCGCCAGUCAAUUACCUAGGUGAGGACAUCAACGGCACCAUGCCAAACACCGACUCGGACCCGCCCCUUGAGGAAGAUGAUUCGCUCCCAACUCCUCUCGCAUCCUCCCGCCCUGUCUCUCGCAGUGGCCGUGCUGGAUCCGCUGCUAGACUUCUCGCCCCUCCAUCGCGCACAAGCUCACGUGCAGGCUCUGUUCCUCGCAAGCUUCCUGGUAUGGGAGGUCGCAUCAAGACUCCGCAGCCUCGUGCUGGCAGUGCCCAGCCGCCCUCCACGGGUGGGCUGAUGGCGUCUGUUGGAGAAGAAUAAGCUACCGUACCAGCCUGACGACAGAGUGACGCGUUUCAGCUUCUCCUGAAAGACGGACGCCCUCUUCAAUCCAGCGUCAAAUGUUCCCAUCGUGCUCGGACCGCUAACACCCUUCUGAAAUUGCUUUCUUUGCGACUGCUGUAUCCUACAGACCAUGGACUUCUUGCUUCACUUAUACUGCAGAAGUCAAGACGAACAAGUCGAUGAUGAGGGAC